UUUAAAUAAUUUUCUGAAAUAUGGUCUCGUGUUCUUUACAUAAACGUGAACUAACAAACAAGAAAUUCAUAAACAUACAGUUGUUUACUUCACCGAUAUUUGUGGUGCAUUUUAAAUUAUACCUAGUGGUUUUUAAUCAAAAUGUGUUUUAUUGAUUUUAUUUUCAGGCAUGAGGAAUUGGAAGACAGAAUGGAAGGAGUAGGAAAAAAUGGUGUUUAUAAUGGUAGGGAUCUAAGUGAUGGAUAUAGGGCAGUGUAUCAUCUUAUGCCCCACUUUAAUAGGUGUCUUCCAGAAGAUCAGCUUCAGUACUGUCUGGCUGCAAUUCUUUUGGCAACUGCAGUUUUGGAUAAAACAAAUUUCCCAAAGCAUAAUGAGGCUGUGAUGAAGAGUGAAGAUCACCUUGAUGUGGCCCAUCUUGCUUCUGCAGUAAUGAGGCACAUUGCUCAACUAGUAUCCAAUGCCCAUGCAGUGACACAGAUCAUGGGAUCAAGUUCAG